AUUAUUGCAAAAAAAUAUAAUGACUGCAGCUUUGGAUUUUGCGGGUCAGGGUCUAGGUUUCGCUCUGUGCCACGAUGGAGAAAAUCUGGAAGCAUGCCUAAACGAUUUCCUCAAAUCACCCGAGACUAUCGUGUCAAUUCUAUCAGAAACGUUCACCGUGCAGAGUUCGACACUUUACCAGCUGAAAUGUCAGAUAGAGGACUUCUCCAGCCAGCGAAAAAAAAUCUGCUACGAUGUUCUAAACUUCAUCAGAGAGAUAGACAAACUCUGCCAACUCUGCAACGAUGAGCGGUGGGAGAAGGUGGAUGCUGAAAUCGGGAUGCGCUUACGUGAGCAGGUGGUUCAUUUCAACCUUGAAGACACCGAUAUGUUCCCGGAGACGGUUGAGUUUUUCGGGGAGAUGGGACUGCGAUUAGGUGUCGCGGUGAGCCUGCUGACGCGUUUCGAGGCAGACUGUAAAGCGCUGCGCGACGACUCGCAGAGGGUUCUUGCAGUUGCUGAAGACGGAGAGUGGACUUCUAAGGCAUGGAAAAGGUUUUUCGGCGUUGUUUCAAUAGUGGCAUUAGUUACGAGCCUUGUGGCACUGAAGCCGGCCGUGAUAUUUGGCAGCGCUGCUUUUACUGCUGGUAGGGGGUUCAAACAUUAUGAAGAGCAGUACAGGGAAAUGAAGGAGAAAGUACAUACUAUGAAAAGAAAGGCAAAUGAACUGUUUACAACUGCAACAGAAGUAAAAGAGAGGAUGUGCCCCACGGAACUGGAGGCAGAAUAUAGCAAUGCAAACCGCCCACGUCCAAAACUGCUGUCGGUGAAAAGCUCAGUUACCACUUUAUUCAGCAGACUGAAUCAAAAUCUUGAUUUUACGGCCGAAAGGGAGAAAAUCACCUCUCUUCUACACGAUGACUGA